AUGUCUUCCAACACCUUCCACACCACCACUGAAGACCUCCGCAAGGCGGAAUCCAAGCUUUCCAACGCCCACGGUGGCAACCCCCCUAAGGACUCCGACGUCUCCGCCAUGAAGUCCGUCCUCGAGAACAACACCAACAAGCAGGCCGAGAUUGAUCAGGUCAAGGCCAACCUCCCUUUGCCCGAGCAGCCCCCAAAGCCCAGCGACUGGAACUCCGCCGACCAGCGCACCGUCAACGUCGGCUCCGGCCGCACGGAGGCCCCCGUCUCCUUCGAGGGCAACAGCGCUCUGCGCGAGCCCGCCACAGCAGGCAGCAGUGUUCGCGAGAACGGCGAUGAGUGGCACCACAACACCGCGCCUUUGAGCAACGUCGGUCGCCAGGCUAAGGAUAACCUUGACGGUCUUCCCCGUGAUGCCCUGGCCCGGUAA